GUCCGGAAGCGCUGUGGCAGACGGAGCGGGUCUGUCGCGUGGGGACCUGUCGUGUGGUAGCGGAGCUGUGGUGGCUUCUGGCGCGCGCAGCGAUGCUUACUCCUGCGUUCGAGCUGACCCAGGACCGCGACUUCCUCACCGUCGCCAUCCGCGUGCCCCACGCGCGCGCCUCCGAGUUCGACGUGUACUUCGAGGGGGUGGACUUCAAGUUCUACGCCAAGCCGUACUUUCUGAGGUUAACACUUCCUGGAAGGAUUGUAGAAAAUGGAUCUGAGCAGGGAUCCUAUGAUGCAGAUAAAGGAAUUUUUACCAUUCGAUUGCCCAAGGAAACUCCUGGCCAGCAUUUUGAGGGGUUGAACAUGUUAACUGCUCUCCUGGCACCAAGAAAAUCCAGGUCUGCCAAACCACUUGUGGAGGAAAUAGGUGCUUCCGGGGUUUCUGAAGAAGGAGCUGACGAUGAGGAUGAGGAGUUUGACUGGGAAAUCGAGCAGACUCCCUAUGAAGAGGUCUCAGAAAGUACUCUGCGAUUGCAGUGUCACUAUGGAUUUGGAAACCUGCGGGCAGGUGUGGUUCAGCGGUUACAGGAUGAACUGAGUGAGCUUAUUGAUAUUAAGGAUCCAGAUUUCACUCCUGUGACUGAACGGAGGCAGAAACGCCUGGCUGCUGAGGUGGCCAAAUUUGAUCCAGAUCAUUAUCUGGCUGACUUCUUUGAAGAUGAGGCAGUUGAGCAGCUUUUGAAGUACAGUCCCUGGUGGAACGAUGCACAUGCAGAAAUGAUGGCUUCUUUGGGAAAGAGCCAAGAGCAAGGGGAUGCUGCUGCACUAGUGUCUUUUUCAGAAGAGGAAAAAUAUCAGCUACGAAAAUUCGUGAAUAAGUCUUACCUGCUAGACAAGACGGCUCACCGUCAAGUGUACUACAGCUUAGUUGACAUCCUUCUGGCCUAUUGCUAUGAAGUACGUGUCACUGAAGGAGAGCACAACGUUGAGUCUGCGUGGACCAUCAGAAAGCUGAGCCCAACACUCUGCUGGUUUGAGACAUGGACAGACGUUCAUGAAAUCCUGGUGUCCUUUGGAAGGAGAGUUUUGUGCUAUCCGCUUUAUCGUCAUUUCAAGCUGGUGCUGAAAGCCUACAGAGACACUAUAAAGAUUCUGCAACUAGGUAAAAGUGCAGUUUUAAAGUGUCUCCUGGAUGUUCACAAAAUCUUUCAGGAAAAUGACCCAGCAUAUAUUUUGAAUGAUCUCUACAUCUCAGACUACUGUGUAUGGAUUCAGAAGGCCAAGUCCAAAAAGUUGGCUGCCCUAACAGAAGCCUUGAAAGCAGUCUCACUCAGUAAGGCCCAGCUGGGGUUAGAGCUGCCGGAACUGGAAGCUGCCGCACUUCUUGUCCAGGAGGAAGAAAUUGCCAGAAAAGCAGCCCAGCGCAGCCCCACGCAGCAGGCUCCACACUCCAGUCCUGAGCCCAGUGACUCAGAUAGCACCUCGUCAUCUGACACAGAAGACUCAGCGUCAGAGCAAGAGGAGCUUGUUGGGACCCAGCCCUCCCUGCUCACUUCUCUGCAAGCCCCCCUUUUGGAAGAGGACAGUGGCCUGAUAAUCAGGGAGAGUGGGCUCUGCAGAGACAUGGCCAGCCAGGGAUGUAAAGUCAGUCAAGGGCAGCUACUGGCCCCUUCCCAGGCUCCACUGAUAGAGGAGGUUGAAGAUAGUGGGCUCUGCAGAGACAUGGCCAACCAGGGUUGUGAAGUCAGUCAAGGACACCCACUGUCCCCUUCCCGGGCUCCACUGAUAGAGGAGGUUGAGGAUGAGCUGAAGACCAUGCUUUGGGUUUCCCCACCCCAUGUCGUCAAUGCUGGGAGCCACAGGAGUAUCCAGGAUGGAGAGGAGAGGGGUCAGCUGCCCUGCGAUUGACUCAAGUGGUGGCCUCAUUAUGGGGCACUAGGUCAACUGUGCUCUCAUACAGAAGUGAAAUUUCUGAUUUUGAAUUUCUUUUUCUGUGUCGAUAUAUGACAUUGUUUUUCAGUGAGCUAACAUAUCUUUCCAUUUUUUUUUCAACUUGAAAACUAAAGUUCUAAAGUAUUCUUUAUAAAGUGUGAAUAAUUAAAAAUGAAGACCAUAAUACUACUAGGAAACUCUCUAGACCAGCGGUUCUCAGCCUUCCUAAUGCUUUGACCCUUUAAUACGGUUCCUCAUGUUGUGGUGACCCCAACCAUAAAAUUAUUUUGUUGCUACUUUAUGAUUGUAAUUUCCUACUGUUAUGAAUUGUAAUGUAAAUAUCUGAUAUGCAGGAUAUCUGAUAUGUGACCCUGAGAACUAAACUGCUCUAAACUGUAGCAGAACAUCUUGGACAGGUAGCUCUCACAUUUGAAGUGUGCACGAUGAGGAAAUACUAACAGGUGAGCAUACCAGGUGAAAUGCUCACUGCAAUCGGGGUAAUCAAUUCCCCAUAAUCUCCCGCUGUUCUUGGACCCUUUGCCAUCCCUUUCUCCAGGCCAGAUGCCACCCACCCGUGUUCCCUGAUCUGCUGUGUCAUAUGGUUCAGUAGCUUACUUUACUUGCAUUGUACAUAAACUAGAGCAUGCAGUGUGCUCUUUUGAGUGGGCUCAUCUCACUGCACAUAAGCAUCGUGAGAGGGAUGUAUGUGCCAAAAUGUGCCGAGUCUUUUGUGUUGUCUUCUCAGAGUGGAAACCAUUUCUUGGAAUAGAUUUGUCCAUUCACCCACUGAUGGACAUUUGAGUUGCUGCCAUUGUUUUGACUGUUAAUAAAACUGUUGUGAGCAUUUGGAUAC